AGGGUUUAAGGAAGGAGGCGGAGAGAAGAACGGAAAACGCCUCAAAGAGCAAAGCUCACACUGAGACUCGGUGCUUACUAGUGUCGAUAGAAACUAAUAAUCGAUGGGGAAGAAGAUGAAUAGAGAUCAAAAUACAGAACUCUCAGAUUCCUCUCGGAUUUGGGCCUCCAAGUUCCUCAAGGAGUUUCGCGCCUCCGGGAGAGAUUCUCACACAUUUGAUAACAGUCUCACGAACGACGUACGUGGCAUUAUCCAUCAGAUGUGCCGGAAGAUGGGUAUCCGAUCGAAAAGUUCCGGGAAAGGGGAUCAAAGGCGUCUUACGAUUUUCAAACGUGCACCUCGCCCCUCUUCAGUUUCCGGGAGUGAGAAGAAGAAGCUCAAGCGUGUCUCGUUUCCACCGGAGGCGGAACCUAUUCUUCAGGAUUUGUUUACUCGCUAUCCGCCUUGUGACGGAGAUACUAGAGCGACGUCACUGGGCGUAUAUACUGGACAUUUCGGGAGACAACGCAAGUGGAAAGAUGACUUCUUUGGCAAACCUCAGAUGAACAAAGAUGAUGUUCGAAACAAGGCGGCGUCUCUGAGUUCUAGAUUGGCAAACGACAAAGAUUUUCGGGAGAUCUUUGGAGCACGAACCAAGCUUCCCAUCGCAUCCUUUAGAGAGGCCAUCACAUCUGCAGUGGAAUCUAAUCAGGUUGUUCUUAUUGCUGGUGAAACUGGUUGUGGCAAAACUACUCAGGUGCCUCAAUAUCUUCUAGACCAUAUGUGGUAUAGUAAGCGAGAAUCUUGCAAAAUCAUUUGCACCCAACCACGUCGUAUCUCAGCUAUUUCAGUUUCUGAACGAAUUUCUUGGGAAAGAGGUGAAUCUAUAGGGAACAACGUCGGCUACAAGGUGCGGCUGAACAGCAAAGGUGGAAGACAGUCAUCAGUUGUUUUCUGUACGAAUGGCAUUCUGUUGAGGGUGCUUGUAGGCAAAGGCGGUGGUAGCUGUGUUCCUGAUAUAACUCACAUUAUUGUGGAUGAAAUUCAUGAAAGGGAUUGCUACUCUGAUUUCAUGUUGGCCAUUAUAAGGGACUUCCUUCCUUCAAAUCCUCAUCUCCGACUGAUUCUAAUGAGUGCUACUCUUGAUGCCGAGAGGUUUUCUGAAUAUUUCGGAGGUUGUCCGGUUGUCCAAGUGCCUGGAUUCACUUAUCCAGUGAGAACCUUUUAUCUGGAAGAUGUGCUCUCUGUCCUGAAAUCAGAGAAGAAUCAUCAUCUAAUUUCUGACGACUCGAGCAUACCAGAUGUCAAGCGUGAUAUUAAAGAUGAAGAUGAAGUUGCUUUAGACGAAGCAAUUGAAAUGGCGUGGACAAAUGACGAGUUUGAAGCUCUCUUAGAUCUGGUUUCCUCCGAAGGAAGUCAUGAGGUUUACAAUUACAGGCAAUCAUCAACCUGGCUAACACCACUUAUGGUCUUUGCUGGAAAGGGCAGGGUUAACAAUGUCUGUAAGCUCCUCGCACUUGGCGCUGACUGUAAGUUGAAGUCCAAGGAAGGUAUGACAGCACUAGAAUUGGCCGAAAAAGAGAAGCAAUUUGAAGCUGCUCAAAUAAUCAGGGAACAUACCGAUAACGUCCAGUCCAAUUCUCAGCAAGAACAAGUCUUACUUGAUAAGUAUAUGGCGACAAUCAAUCCAGAAGAAGUAGACGUGGGUCUUAUAGUGAAUUUAAUGAGGAAAUUAUGCCGCGACUCAGAAGCUGGUGCCGUUCUUGUUUUUCUACCUGGGUGGGAGGAAAUAAGUAAAACGAAAGAGAGAUUGCUUGCUAAUCCUUAUUUUGCAGAUAGUGCUAAAUACAACAUCAUAUGUCUACACUCAAGGGUUCCGGUAGAGGAACAGAAGAGAGUUUUUAAACGUCCCCCUCAAGGUUGUCGCAAAAUCGUGCUUGCAACAAAUAUUGCUGAAUCAGCAGUCACUAUCGAUGAUGUGGUUUAUGUGAUAGAUAGUGGGCGGAUGAAGGAAAAGAGCUAUGAUCCUUAUAAUGACGUGUCAACGCUAGAAUCUUCUUGGGUUUCAAAAGCGAAUGCAAAACAGCGGGAGGGUCGAGCAGGCCGGUGCCAACCUGGAAUUUGUUAUCAUCUCUAUUCUAAACUUCGGGCAGCCUCUUUACCUGAAUAUAGAAUCCCUGAAGUUAGGAGGAUGCCAGUAGAUGAACUCUGCUUGCAGGUUAAGAUGCUGGAUCCGAGUUGCAAUGUAAAUGAUUUCCUCCAGAAAUUGAUGGACCCGCCUGUUGAUCGAAGCAUUGCAAAUGCCUUAACCACCCUUAAAGACAUUGGAGCAUUGACACCACAAGAAGAGCUGACAGAACUUGGACAGAAAUUUGGCCAGCUUCCAGUUCAUCCUCGGAUUUGCAAGAUGCUUUAUUUUGCCAUAUUAGUGAGUUGUCUGGACCCAGCACUUAUUCUGGCAUGUGCAGCCGACACCAAGGAUCCAUUUACCAUGCCCUUGGAGCCGGGAGAAAGAAGAAAAGCUGUUGCCGCAAAACGUGAACUUGCGUCGCUUUAUGGAGGCCACAGUGACCACCUUGCAAUUGUUGCGGCUUUUCAUUAUUGGAAAGAUGCAAAAAGAAAUGGUCAUUCUCAGGAGUUCUGUUCUCAGUACUUCGUCUCUCCAAAUGCCAUGAAGAUGCUGGAUAAUAUGCGUGACAAGCUUCAGGGGGAACUUGAAAGACAUGGGCUCAUUCCUAGAAAUGACUCGAACUGUAAUCUGAAUGCUCACGAUCCAGGCAUUCUCCGUGCUGUUGUAGCAGUGGGAUUGUACCCUAUGGUGGGAAAAAUGUGCCCACCUUCCAUGAAUAAUAAUAGAAGGUCACUAGUAGAGACCAUUACGGGAGCCAAAGUUCGUGUGCUAUCGCUUUCAAACAUGUCCUCUAGGGAGGAGGAUGAAGCUUUAAUUGUUUUUGAUGAGAUCACUCGAGGAGAUUGGGACGUGCACAUAAGAGAAAGCACUACUCUUCGCACUAUACCGUUGUUACUGUUUGCGGGAGAGAUAGCUGUGGCUCCUACAGAGAGCUGUGAUGCUGAUAAGAGUGAUGACGAGAAAGACAACGAAGAAGAAACUGUAGGAGAUGUGAUGGACAUAGACAAAGUAGGUGGUAGGCCUGGAGAUAAAAUAAUGCAUGCACCGGAAAAUUCAGUCAAGGUGGUAGUGGAUCGGUGGCUGCCUUUCGAGAUGACAGCUCUUGAAAUUGCUCAAAUUUACAUCUUGAGAGAGCGACUAGUGGCAUCCAUUUUGUUCAAGGUAAAACAUCCACAAGAAAAUUUGCCGCCUCAUCUCGGAGCUUCUAUGUACGCAAUAGCUUGUAUUCUCUCAUUUGAUGGCCUCUCAAAACCUUCAGUUCCAACUGUUGAUAUGGAGCCUGUUGCUUCAGCGGUAGAUGCAACAGGUCUCGGAGAUGACCCAAACACUGCAAUGGGAGAGAGCUUGUUUUCCAAUCUCGCUGAUGGGAAUGAGCUACUUGACCUAGUCACUGCUCCGACAGAAGCUGAUUCAGCAGUUAAAGAACCAGAGAAGAAGAGAUCAAGGUCCAAAAAGCACAAAUCAGCCAACAUGGAUUCGGUGAACAUGGGAGCUGAUUUAAGCACUGCUUCGGAUGAAGCUGCUUCAGCAGUUGAGGAACCAGUGAAGAAGCGACGGAGGUCCAAAAAGCGGAGAUCAGCCAAAAAUUUGGAUUUGGCUAGUGAGCAACCAGAGCUUAAGCUGGCCAAGGAAUCGGAUUUGGGUAACAUGGAAGAGAGCUUGCCUUCCAAUCCUGUUAAUGGAAAUGAGCUGCCUGACACAAACACUGUUCCGGCUGAAGAUGCUUCAGCAGGUGAAGAACCAGAGAAGAAGCGAUCAAGAAGUUCCAAAAAGCGAAAAUCAGCCAAGAACUUGGAUUUGGGGAACAUGGAAGUGAAAGAGACUUUUGAUCUAGCUAAUAAUGGGAAUGAUCAAACAGAACUUAAGCCAGCCAGCAAGGAGAAAGAGAUCAUCCCUGCGAAUCAUACCAAUGGGAAUGAGCAACCUGACCCUCAAAUGGAAUCUGCUUCAGCGGCUAGUGAACCGGAAAAGAAGCAAUCAAGAUCCAAAAGGCGCAAAUUAGCGAACAGCUCAAGUUCGGGUAAUAACACGGAAGAGAAUGUGCCUUCCACUAAUAAUGGGAAUGAACUUCUAAGCAGUGGUCUUACCGAAGCUGCAUGAAUGGGCAACCUGAUCCAAACUCUGAAGUUGCAUCAGUGUAGAACAACUAAAGGAAGCAAAGCCUAAAGUGUAAGCCAUGGAGUUGGUUUUGACUCGCAAGGACAAAAGGCAGAAGAGAAGUGAGAUGCCCAUUCCACUUUGGUGUUUGAAUGGCCCAUUAUUUAUCUAGAUUUUGAAAUCUCAAAAGGUUUUGUUGUUCACGGUUACUUGUUUGGUUAGAUGUGUUUGUAGGUUCUGCUUCUGAGCCAGUUAAGUACUUGCUACUCUUGUUGUUCAAACAGUUAUCCAAUAUACUUUUCACAUAAAAUUAAUGUUACAUCGUUGUCGAUUAAA